GAGGAGCUGUCAAAGUCACCUGUGCGCAUGCACGUGUGAGUAGCUCAUCCGAGGACGCGCCGACAGAACAUUCUUCCAAAUCCUCAUUCCAGAAGCGUGCUGAAGUCACAACAAGGAGGGCACGAGCACUCGGCUGAUGGCGGCAACAAAGAGAGGCGGCGGCAUGCUGCGUGACCUGCAGGUGGCGUUGCAGCGGAAGAUUGAGGAGCUGACGGAGCGAGACGCGCUGAUUGAGGAGCUGGAGUCAGAACUGGAUGCCAAAGAUCUCCUGAUUGGCCAUUUGCGGGCCGAGCUGGACCGUCAUCGUAGUUUGAUGCCGGGCACCGACGAUACUGCCGCUGCACAGACACCCGACGCAGCAGGUGGCGCUCCAGCAAUGCCAGCACCGUCACUCGAUGAGCCUCAGCGCACCAAGAGACAGGCCAUAUCGGCAGAACCCAGCGCUCUGGAUCCUGCCCGACUCACCGACGUCACGCUCACCAGCUACUGCAAGAGCAAAGAGUCCAGCGAGCUGAUCCAGAGAGCGCUGAUGGACAAUGACUUCAUGAAGCAUCUGGAACAUGGACAGAUCCUCACCAUCUUGGACUGCAUGCGGCCCACCAGCCUGGACAAAGGCUGCUGCGUCAUCCAGGAGGGCGACGACGGAUCUAGCGUCUUUGUUCUGGAGGAGGGCAUGGUGGAGGUGAGCAAAGAAGGCAAAAAGCUGUGCACCAUCGGCCCCGGCAAAGUCUUUGGCGAGCUCGCCAUCUUGUACAACUGCACGCGCACGGCUACAGUGACGGCUCUGACUGACAUCAAGUUGGGGGCCAUUGAUCGCCAGGGCUUUCAGACCAUUAUGAUGAGGACCGGCCUCAUCAAGCAUUCCCAGUACACGGACUUCCUGCGCAGCGUUCCGUCCUUCCAGGCCCUUCCAGAGGACGUUCUCAGCAAGCUGGCUGAUGUUCUGGAGGAGACUCACUAUAGCAAUGGCGACUACAUCAUCCGGCAGGGCGCCACGGGAGACACCUUCUUCAUUAUUAGUGAAGGGCAGGUGACGGUGUGGCAGCAGACCGCCCCCAGUGGUCAGCAGGUGCCGGUGAAGACGCUGUCCAAAGGCGACUGGUUUGGCGAGCAAGCGCUGAAAGGGGAAGAUGUGCGUACGGCCAGCGUGACAGCAGAGGGCGCCGUCACCUGUCUGGUGGUAGACAGAGAGUCCUUCAGGCAGCUGAUCGGCGGCUUAGAGGAAGUGGACCGCCAGCAGGGAGACGACGAGCACGUCAAAGCCAAGUGCCCGGCUGAGGACGACUUCUUCUCCGGCGUGACGCUCGACGACCUUGCCGUGGUCUGCACCUUGGGCAUGGGUGGCUUCAGCCGCGUGGAGCUGGUGCAGCUCAAGAGAGACGCCGGGCGCUCCUUCGCCCUCAAAGUGUUGAAGAAGCGCCACAUUCUGGACACCAGGCAGCAGGAGCACAUCCUGUCGGAACGCCGCAUCAUGAUGGAAGUCAACAGCCCCUUCAUCAUCAGGUUGUACCGCACCUUCCGGGACCCCAAAUACUUGUAUAUGCUGCUAGAGGUUUGUCUUGGCGGAGAGCUGUGGACGCUCUUAAGAGACAGGGGCUCCUUUGACGACGGGACCACAAGAUUCUACACGACGUGCGUUAUCGAGGCUCUGGCGGAGCUCCACUGUAAAGGGAUCAUCUACCGAGACCUCAAGCCGGAGAAUAUCAUCCUUGACCACAGAGGCUACGCCAAGUUGGUGGAUUUUGGCUUCGCUAAGAAGGUGGGCUUGGGGAAGAAGACCUGGACCUUCUGCGGGACCCCUGAGUACGUGGCCCCCGAGAUCAUCCUCAACAAAGGUCACGACAGCUCGGCCGACUGCUGGUCCCUGGGGAUCCUGGUCUUUGAGCUUCUCAGCGGAAGUCCGCCGUUUUCCGGCUCGGACCCCAUGAAGACGUACAACAUCAUCUUGAGGGGGAUCGACAUGGUGGAAUUCCCCAAAAAGAUCACCAAGAGUGCCGCAAACCUCAUCAAGAGACUCUGCAGGGACAACCCCUCGGAACGUCUCGGGAACCAGAAGAACGGCGUAAAGGACAUUCAGAAGCACAAGUGGUUCGAGGGCUUCAACUGGGAUGGCCUCCGCCAGGGAACCUUGGACUGUCCCUUUAUGCCAAGGGUGGACGGCCCGUUGGACAACAGCAACUUUGAUGACUUCCCCCUGGACACCGAGGGCCCUCCCCCUGAUGACGAGUCAGGCUGGGACCUGGAGUUCUGAAACAGCUUGGCCAGGUCAGAGGCUCAAUGGAGAACGCACAAGUCUGGACCGUGUGGAGGUGGUAGGGGAGAGGAGGAGGGUGGCUAAGCUGUCCUCCAUCAUGGACAACAUCUCCCACCCCCUUCAUGAGACUGUCAGAGCCCUGGAGAGCUCCAUCAGUGACCGGCUUCGUCACCCACGAUGACCCAGCGAGAGGCAUCGCACGCAGGUCCUUCCUCCCUGCUGCCAUCAGACUGGACAACCAGGCUUAUCACUGUAGCUAACGGACAAUAAUUACGUGCAAUAAUCAAAAAGUCAAAAAAGUCAAAAGUCAGCUUUAUUGUCAAUCUCUUCACAUGUCAAGACACACAAAGAAUAUUAACGUGCAAUAUCUGUCUACCUCAUACUCUUUUUACCUGCUUUAUUUUUUGCACAUUUUUUUUUCUUCCUUUGCACUAUUUUUCUAUCUAAUAUUUAUUUAUAUUGUGUAUAUACUGUCCAUAUUUUUUUAAUUAUAUAUAUCUUUUACUUUUUAAAAUCUUUUACCCCCUUCUCCACAUGCGUGUGUGUGUGUAUAUGUUAAGUGUACUGCUGCUUACACAGGAGUUUCCCCAUUGAGGGAAUAAUAAAGGAUCAUCUUAUUUGA